AUGGGGAAGAGUUCUGUGGGUGAGAAGCCUGUGGGUGAGAAGUCUGUGGGUGAGGGAUCUGUGGGUGAGAAAUCUGUGGGUGAGAAGUCUGUGGGUGAGACAUCUGUGGGUGAGAAGUCUGUGGGUGAGACAUCUGUGGGUGAGAAGUCUGUGGGUGAGACAUCUGUGGGUGAGAAGUCUGUGGGGAAGAGUUCUGUGGGUGAGAAACCUGUGGGUGAGAAGUCUGUGGGGAAGAGUUCUGUGGGUGGGGGAUCUGUGGGUGAGAAGUCUGUGGGUGAGAAUUCUGUGGGUGAGAAGUCUGUGGGUGAGACAUUUGUGGGUGAGGGAUCUGUGGGUGAGAAGUCUGUGGGUGAGACAUCUGUGGGUGAGAAGUCUGUGGGGAAGAGUUCUGUGGGUGAGAAGCCUGUGGGUGAGGAGUCUGUGGGUGAGAAUUCUGUGGGUGAGAAGUCUGUGGGUGAGACAUUUGUGGGUGAGGGAUCUGUGGGUGAGAGGUCUGUGGGGAAGAGUUCUGUGGGUGAGAAUUCUGUGGGUGAGAGUUCAGUGGGUGAGAAUUCUGUUGGUGAGAAGCCUGUGGGUGAGAAUUCUGUGGGUGAGAAGUCUGUGGGUGAGACAUUUGUGGGUGAGAAGUCUGUGGGUGAGACAUCUGUGGGUGAGAAGUCUGUGGGUGAGAAGUCUGUGGGUGAGAAACCUGUGGGUGAGAAGUCUGUGGGUGAGAAUUCUGUGGGUGAGAAGUCUGUGGGUGAGACAUCUGUGGGUGAGGGAUCUGUGGGUGAGAAUUCUGUGGGUGAGAAGUCUGUGGGUGAGAAGUCUGUGGGGAAGAGUUCUGUGGGUGAGAAGCCUGUGGGUGAGGAGUCUGUGGGUGAGAAGUCUGUGGGUGAGAAUUCUGUGGGUGAGAAGUCUGUGGGUGAGACAUCUGUGGGUGAGGGAUCUGUGGGUGAGAAGUCUGUGGGUGAGACAUCUGUGGGUGAGAAGUCUGUGGGGAAGAGUUCUGUGGGUGAGAAGCCUGUGGGUGAGGAGUCUGUGGGUGAGAAUUCUGUGGGUGAGAAGUCUGUGGGUGAGACAUUUGUGGGUGAGAAGUCUGUGGGGAAGAGUUCUGUGGGUGAGAAGCCUGUGGGUGAGAAGUCUAUGUGUGAGAAUGAGAAGCCUGUGGGUGAGACAUCUGUGGGUGAGGGAUCUGUGGGUGAGAAGUCUGUGGGUGAGGAGCCUGUGGGGAAGAGUUCUGUGGGUGAGAAUUCUGUGGGGAAGAGGUCUGUGGGUGAGAAGCCUGUGGGUGAGAAGUCUGUGGGUGAGACAUCUGUGGGUGAGACAUUUGUGGGUGAGAAGUCUGUGGGGAAGAGUUCUGUGGGUGAGAAGCCUGUGGGUGAGAAGUCUAUGUGUGAGAAUGAGAAGCCUGUGGGUGAGACAUCUGUGGGUGAGGGAUCUGUGGGUGAGGGAUCUGUGGGUGAGAAGUCUGUGGGUGAGACAUUUGUGGGUGAGAAGUCUGUGGGGAAGAGGUGGAGGGAGCCUGCAGGUGUCAGGGCCCCCCAUGGAGCAGUGGGCAGCAAGAGGUCCAAUGAAGAUGAGGUGGCACCAGGGGGCUCUCUACCAAAGAGGCUCAAGAACAAGCAACAUCAGCCAGCAGGAUGGGCUGAUUAUAUUUCAACCCCUGGGCCCAGUGAGCCCAUCAGUCUGGGGAAGCUUGACUGGCCAAGCAUCAAGACUGCAAUGGAUUUGGAUUAUUUGUGCGUGCCCUUCCUGCCAGUGUCUUUGCCCUUGCUAGCUGAUAGCUGGGUAUUUGGGGGCUCUGCAGCCAAACAACCUGGCUUUCCACCAGGGCUUGAGGUUUGCAGCUCACCUUUUACAGUGAGGCUGCUCACUGAUGAGGUAGGAGACAAUAUCCAGCAGAUGGAAGCCAGAAGAUCAAAGGUGUGCAUCUAG